CGGGAGAGGUAGGAGAGACUGCGACUUGCGGAGGACUCGCCGCCGAUUUGGAUCGUUCCGGGGCAACAGCACUGUUUUGCGACUAGAGACGUCGACGAAAAAUGCUGAUUAAAGAAUUCCGAGUGAUCCUACCCAUUUCUGUGGAGGAGUAUCAGGUGGGGCAGCUGUACUCAGUAGCGGAAGCCAGUAAAAAUGAGACGGGCGGAGGAGAGGGAGUGGAGGUCCUGAAGAACGAACCGUAUGAGAAAGAUGGAGAGAAGGGCCAGUACACACACAAAAUCUACCACCUUCAGAGUAAAGUUCCACCAUUUGUCCGAAUGCUGGCACCGGCAUCAGCUCUCAACAUCCAUGAGAAAGCAUGGAAUGCCUACCCAUACUGCCGUACAAUCAUUACGAACGAGUACAUGAAAGAGAAUUUCCUCAUCAAGAUAGAGACAUGGCAUAAACCUGACAUGGGCCAUCAGGAAAAUGUGCACGGUCUCGACUCUGAAACCUGGAAGAAGGUUGACGUGGUGUACAUUGACAUCGCUGACAAAAGCCAGGUGGAACAGAAGGACUACAAACCGGACGAAGACCCUGCCAAGUACAAAUCUGUCAAGACUGGCCGAGGGCCCUUAGGAGCUGACUGGAAGAAAGAACUAUCUAAAAGGAAAGAUUGCCCACACAUGUGUGCCUACAAGCUGGUUACAGUUAAGUUUAAGUGGUGGGGACUUCAAAACAAAGUUGAAAACUUCAUUCAGAAGCAAGAGAAGCGCUUGUUCACUAAUUUCCACCGACAGCUUUUCUGCUGGAUUGAUAACUGGAUUGAACUGACCAUGGAAGACAUCCGUAGGAUGGAGGAGCAGACCAGGAAGGAGCUGGAUGAGAUGCGAGUGAAGGACCCUGUAAAAGGCAUGGUGGCUCUGGAUGACUGAAACACCUUUGUAGAGAUGGAGGGUUCUGCUAUUUGUGUUGGUGUGUAACGGAGGUGUCGGCUGCAUUGCCGAAGUGUGAAACUAUAGACUCAUUAGACUCAUUAGGAGAAAAAAGGUCCCUGAACUAUACAUCAUAAAUGGCUUGAUUACAGGCCUCAGUACAUUACAGUACAUAAUUACAGGCCUCAUAUUAUAUAAUUCUGAAAAACUUUUUAAAUCCUUCAUUCUGUCUUUUACCUCCUCAAUUUUUUUAAGACUAUAGUCCAUGUUUUACAAUCUCUCUCUCUCUCUCUCUCUCUCUCUCUCUCUCUCUCUCUCUCUCUCUCUCUCUCUCUUUCUCUCUUUCCCCCUCAGCUCUAUAUUACUUGACACCAGCGAAAUCACUCUUCAAACAAAUAGGAGAAACAUCCCUUAAAACUUAUCCCAGACCCUCUUCCUAACCUGUCUACUACAGCUCACUCUAAAUGCCCUUCACCUGCUCUGGUUAGACUGGCAGCAAAUCACAAGGUACAGAAGAAAGAUUAUCAAAGGUCCAUGAAACAUUCCCUCACUGCAUCAACUAAAACUGACCCAGGGAGACCUGUAGCAGCCACGUAGGUCUUCAGCUAUGUCAAAGGCUAAAAUACCGACUACAGAAAGCACUUAUUUACAUGAUUUCUAUGUAAAAUCAAAGAUGUUUUUGUAUAUAUUCUGUAUGUACUGGAAGGCGAGUUGUUGGGAAAUCCAUGUAAACAAUAUUUUCAGUGGUUAUGUUCACUCUUAAAUGUCUGUUUUGCGGACCAAGCUGACUCUCCUGAGUGUUAUGUUUUGAACUUGUUGUAAUUGUUAUUAUUAUUGGGACUUUUUAAUUUAAAUUGUCACUUGAUAUUUUCAUUUGAUUUCUGAAACAUUUCCACAUUGAGGUAAGCGCUCAUUUGAAACAUGGACCUCAACUGGGCUGUCAGCUGUCAGCUAGAGUUAUUCAGAGGACUAAUCAGGGCAUCCGACUACAUUAUAAGAUGGUGGUUAUCUGUCAAGAAACUGAACAGAAAAACUGCAAUUACUGGUCUGUGCCUUCCUUAGCUGCAGAACUCCAUACAAGGUCACCAACAAGUCCUCCAUCAACAGACUUGAGUAUGUGGUAUUUUUUAUUUGAUUGUUUUGAUAUUUUUCUAGCCUGUGCUAAUGGCGUAGGACUUUUUGACCACUGCUUAGUUGCCCCCAUGAAGUUCUUGGUUUUCAUGAUGAAAUCUCCUUCAUGUUUCUGCCUGUGCUUACUCUGGUGAGUGUGGUGCCUCUCCAGAGGCCUGAAGAGAUUUCUUGGCUGCAUAGCCCCCAGUCCUUUACUCAGAUGGUGGAAUUAGUAAAAUACAUGUAGGUGUAUCUCUGUAUAUGUGUGUGUGUGUGUGUGUGUCUGUCUCACCAUUUGAGUGAGGCGUCAUAUUCGAAAGACUUUCGCAAAUCAGCAGAGUAAGCCAGACAGUUUAAGAGAGCACAGAAUAAACUAUCUGAUGUUUUCAUUUCCUUCUUUUUCAUCCUGUUCCCGUUUCCUCCUGCUGCCCAUCAUGGAGCUCUCCGCGGGCAAUAAACCCUCCUCAGAGCUGUCCUAGGUGUCCAGCUCUCCCUCCUGUUUUCGGACUUCUAACAGACAAAGCAAACUUUUACCCUGCUCGUAGCAAUAAUGCCUUCUCGGUUCCCCUCUUAUCUCUCUCUCUAAGUACUGAAACUUAUCCAUGUGUGUUGGUGAACCCAGCAGUCCUCAGAAAUCUUCUAAGCGCGAGCACCGGUCUGCGCUUGUGCCGUCUGCCGUCCUGCUCCCAGUGAGUCUGUGUAGACCACGUUUGGGGAAUAAGGACUAGCUGGAAUGGGAGCAUCUGACUGGCUUUUCUGUGUAUACCACGAUGUGUGCGUGACUGUGCAUCUGGAGUGGCGUUAUCAGUGUUCGCGUGUGCGUUACGGAUGUGCUCCUGUCUGCGCUGGCUGUGGGCCACUGGUAUGGACAUGUGGUGGACCAGCUGAACUUUACAUCCAACUUUACAUCAUUCCCCGCUGUGCAAACCCAUCAGCAAUACUCCACUACCGUGUCGGAACUGGGAAUCCAGAUGUAUGGAUGUAUGCGUUGAAUUGUACAUAGAUAUAAAUAUAUGUAGAUGAACACACACAAAUAUAUAUAAAUAUAUAUAUAUAUAUAUUAAUAUAUAUAUAAAAUAUAUAGGUCAGACUAUCCUGCCAAACUGUUAGCACAUGACUGUCCCCUGGAGUCCAGAAUGAGCUACUCUCUCUGGAACUCCUACUCAGCCUCUAUUAAUACCUGUCAGAAUAGCAGUAAACACAGUGAGACAGCAGUUUACAUUGCAAUACUAGUAGUAAUAUUAGUAAUAGUGGUGUAGUAUCCUAUUGAUGUCACAAUGGAUAGCCGAGAAAAGAAUAUCCUGAUCUAUUCUGGAGGAAAAAAACAACAACAACAACAAAAACAACAACAAAAACAGCAUGAAAAGAAUGAGUAGACAUCAUGACUAUUAAGUCCCCUCAGAAAACUCCUCCCGCUCCACAGCAGGCCUGGCCCCAUGCCCCUGGCUCUUCCUCUUUGGCAGGAUAGUGUCUAAGUAUAUUUUUGUUCAGUUGUCGUCGUAUCUGCGGUAUGUUGUCUGUCUCUGAGCUGUACUGGUCUCUUCCUUUUAACAGCGGCUCACGCGCCGAGCAGCAAUGCAAAGGCUUUUAAUGGCUGCGGGAGGAGUUGCCAUUUUUUACUGGUCUGAGAACAGCUUCGCCACUGUCUUUUUUUGUAGUGAAAGGAAAGGUUCAUGCAGGACAAGCUGGUGCUGGAACAGCGGGGAAAGGCAGCUUCUUUCUGGAGCAUUUGUUUAAAAAAAUCAAAAAUCAAAAAUCAGGAGCUCGAGUAACAGAUGGCAGAAGAGCAGAAGGUUGAAUGAACUGAUUACUUGCCGAAACAUGAAGCGGUUCUUGGCACAGAGACUUUCUCAGAGCUAUUAGAUUGUUAUUAGAGUCCACUUUUUGUUGUCGGGUUUAUGAAUCGAGUAGUCCAGAACUAGAAACAGUUCAUUUUUAAAUGUUUUUGUUUGAUGUCACUUCCUUCCUUGUCAUUUGUUUUUAUUUCUUUUACUGUGAAUUUGUGCCUUUUGUCAUUUUAUCUUCCAAUACAACCACAUUGGAGAUGUGAAAAAAAUAAAUCUGUUAAAAGAA